AAGUCACCAAAGUGAGUGGGAGAAAAAAAUAUUUUAGUUCACUGGCUGGCUACAAAUAGGUAGAGCAUUCACUGGAAUGCUUGUCUUCACCAAAGAAAUAAGGAUUAUAUAUGUGCUUACUGAGAGAUGCUUAUUGCCCUCUUUCUAUUAUCUAGGGAGCGAGAACAUCUGGAUAUGAGUGGUAAAAACUGGAUAUUAAUUUCUACUACUUCACCCCAAAGCCUGGAAGAUGAGAUUCUGGGACGACUUCUGAAAAUUUUAUUUGUCUUGUUUGUUGACUUAAUGUCCAUUAUAUAUGUCAUCGUAACUUCCUGAAAGCCUGAUUUCCUUCACUCUGUGUCUGUGUUUCAAACUAAAGUCCGGUGAAUAAAGAAGUACAUUUUAAUAUGAGUGGCAUUGAGUUGGUGACAUCACCAAUUCAUUCUAGAAACUAGGCGC